CACAUUAUGAAGAACACUGGUCUUUCCUUUUCUAUCAUAAGAGACGCAAGGCUGAUUGUGGCAAUGUUUGUGUUAUUUGCAAUUUGUAAACCAAUUGCAGCUGAAGUUGUCAUUAAAGGUGCGGAGAACAUGGCACCGAACUGUGAACAAAAGAUUAAGGAUCUUUGUAAGAACACUACUCUUGGUGAGCUAAAAGAGGUCAUUGUGAUGCCUCACGAGUGCAAAGCCACUUGUACUUAUCAACAUGACUCUACUGCAGAUACAGUGGUAGUUAAUGGUAUGUCUGUUCGGAACCGUAAUUAUGAAGGAGUUACUCUGCCACAAGGAAUGCCGUGCGCUUUUGGGGCGAAAUGUGACAGCUCCGGCAAGUGCAUAUGCAGGUUCUGCAAUGAAGGUAACAACAAUAAAAAGAGUGGUUCCACUUAA